UCACGACGUGUGAUGAGACAACAAAGGAAUCCAUUUAAUCACACUAGUAAUAAAAAUAGUGGUACUUUAGAGUUCACAUACACAGCCUCUAAUGACAAUCUCAUAACUGGGGAGACAUUUGAACGAGUUAUUCAUGAAAAAUUCAAAGAUCUUACAAUGUUUAAAAUUUGUUUUCUAUGCACUUCGUAUCUACUUUCCGGUGGAGAACUGCUAUUUUCCAAUGGUAAUUAUGAUUCUUGGACUGUAAGAAUAGGGAAUAUGAAGCUCGGAGGGGGUACAAAAAUUGAAACUAUGAUGGAAGAAGACUAUGAAUAUAUACAAUCCGAACCAGAUACCAAAAGACCAUUCCAGGUUGCACGUGUUGGAAAAUGGAAUCUAACGGGUGACGGAGGGUGUGACAUGUUCGUGUUUCUUUCUUUUAACAAAAAAGAGGGAGGGUUUCUAGUUCCUAUUCAGAUUAAAUACCGAUCAACAGAAAAUCUACAAAUAUAUGAUCCCAAAAUGAAUUAUGAGGGUGGUUCCAAGACGUUAAAUCAUUAUUUACGUGAUUUUGAUGAGUUAUUAUCCCUUUAUAUCCCUGAACGGUAUCCUAGUACUACGAAUGUUGUUAUGGAUAAACAAACCCAAUUCUAUGGUAGUAGAGAAACCAUACUCAACAAGACUGACAGAGCAAUGAUAGCAGCACAUACAGAUACCGUUGAAACUAUUUUUAAAAAUUUAA